GGAAUCCAAUCAGUAAAAACCCAACCGGUGUAAGGUGCGAUCAAAGAGUAUAACCAGUGACCACAGUCAAUCUAAAAGUAUCUUUAGUUUUGUUGAUCUUUCCCAAUUUCGACUGUUAAGUGCGUUACAGCAUCAAAAAUGCAAAUAUCAGUGCUAGUGCUUUUUGCCAUUCUCUUGCUGAGUGCAUCAAAACAAACCCAAUCGCAGCCAAUUGAUUUUGAGGACGGAGAGGUUAUAGAAGCCGCCGAAGCUAUAGGUGAAGUGAAAGUCCCCGCAGAGAUAAUCGCCACUGCAGCCCCAGAAAGGCAAGCGUCCGGCAGACCAAUAUAUCAAACAGGAGACAGGUGCAAGAUGCCCAUUAAGAAAGGUGUCUGUCGGGCUUUGAUACCAAGAUGGAGCUAUGACCCGGAAACGAAAGAAUGCCAUGAGUUCAAAUUUGGCGGAUGCGAUGGAAACGCUAAUAACUUUGCAACGUAUGAUCAGUGCAUGGCGAUUUGUGCGAAUACUGAUGAGAUAUGAGGUCCAGAUAACGACUUUAUAAAGCAACAGAUUUCUCAUGUUGAUUAUCAAAAGACUUUCGUUUAUAUGUUUUAAAGAUUGAUAGCUUUAUAUAUUUAUUUAAUUAGUAUUAUAUGUGUUUGUGAUUGUGCGAAUUAUUGUUGAUAAUAUACUAUGCAUUGUGCUUAAA